AUGGCUGUUCAUUGUAAAGCUAACGCGGGUCUUCAAUUUGUGUGGUUGUGCUGCGUUGUGUUGCGAGUAGCCACAGCGUCCGGAGUGCCUCCUAAAAUUGCUCCUUUUGUCUUUUCAAAAAACCUUCUGGUUGGAGAGCGUAUCACUGUCGCCUGCACCACAUCAGCAGGGGACAGGCCUGUUCAAUUCGCAUGGCUCAAAGACGGUUCUGCAGUGACUAAUUCUGCCCAUACCCGAAUCAUUGAAACCAGGGGAUUCUCUACGCUAGAAAUAGAACCGCUGACCGAAGGAAGCACAGGAAACUACACGUGUACGGCAACCAACGACGCCGGGUUCACGUCUUACACGGCACUGCUUGCAGUACACGCUCCACCAACGUGGAUUGAUGAACCAAAAGACGUCACACGGAUAUCUGGAACAAAUGUCACCCUCACGUGUUCUGCAAGAGGCAUUCCAUUGCCGAAGGUCACAUGGAGCAAAAUAGACGGUGGUACGAAUGACAGAACACCAAUCAAGGCGACUGAAGGCGAAUCUUCAGGCAUGUCUACCAUCACGAUUCACAACGUAGGUAAAUCGCAUCAGGGUCAGUACAUCUGCACAGCUACAAACGGAGUUGGAAAUGAUUUGUCUAGGACCUUAACUCUGAGGAUCAAACCUCCGAAGAUCCAAGCCUUUUCAUUCCCUUCGAUGUUAACCGUCGGAGACAGCACCGCAAUAGUGUGUGCUGUCACCGCUGGAGACAGGCCCUUAACAUUCACUUGGUUGAAGGAUGGAAGAGCAUUAGAAACAGAUAGCAAAAUCAAGGUCUCCGAAGCCCCUGUGACGUCUACGAUGACCAUUGAGUCAUUGAGCAUGUCCCAUUCAGGGAAUUACACUUGCGUCGUCACGAACAGCGUGGGAACCGCAUCGUACGCCGCUUCUUUGACUGUCAACUCUCCCCCAGGAUGGACAGUUCAACCAGAGGAUAUAACUGUCACUGCUGGACAAGAAGUGACGUUUCGCUGCGACGGUACAGGGUACCCCAAUCCAACUGUGACUUGGACACGGCAAUCUGGCUCUGGGAAAGAAAAAUAUCAGGAUAAGAUGCUACACUUCGCAGCAGUGUCAAAAGGUGACGAAGGAACCUACACCUGUCAGAUGAGCAAUGGGAUUGGAAAAGACCUUCUCAAGACUGUCUCACUCGCAGUGAAACGUAAUCACCAGGAUUUUAUCCCUGUACCGUGGUCUUCGUCCAGAUGAGACGGUUUCGCGUUUCUUUCUUCGGCGUCCCUAAGCA